ACCAAGUAAUUACAUAUUUUAUACAUACGAAUCGUGGAAUAGGCUAUACCAUGGGUUUUGGAACUUAAUGAUAUACACUCGAUCAUUAUUAUCAAAAUACCUAUUUUUAUAUAUUAAAGUUAGAUCUAACUUUGGCAUGUUAAAAAGUUGCCCUUUUUUUUUGUCUCAUUGCUCAUUAACGUAAGAAUAUUAGGUAAGUCGGUUUUUUUUUUUUAACAUGAAAUUUCGAUUCAAAGUGUCGAAUAUUCGAACUUAAGCAUUUUUAUUUCACAAAAUAUCGAAUUAUUAAUUCAAUCGAUUCUGUAAUGAAAAAAAUAUUACAUUUUUGAAAAUUCGUAUAUCCUUAACAAAAGAAGCGCACGUACUCCCUUUUCUCUCAGUUUUCGAGACUCUCUUGCCUCGGAGCUUGUCACCGAGAGAGAAGGAGGACGCCAUGGAAAGGCUUCUGCAACCAUCGUCUUCUUCCACAAUUUCUCCUUCCAAAUUCCCCUUGAGGACUUCUCCUUUCCUUCCUCGUCUCCGCUCAUCGAGUCUGGGCUUUGUCUCCUCGCAUCGACCCCAAUAUCGCCGAGUCGGUUCCAUUUCCUGCAACAAUUUUCAGAACCCAUCGGCUUUUACGCCUAUAGGAUCUAAUAUCACUAACAAUCCCUCUAAUGGGUGUCUUACUUCGUCUCCCGAAGCGGAAGAAUCGAAACCUAAUCCUGGAUUUCUCCAACGGAUCGUGAGCACCGCUUCUGAGCGGCGAAAGACAUUAUCUACUGGAACGGUCAUACUAAUCUCUGCAGUAGCUACGCUUUUGCUAAAUCCGCUUCUUGCACCACCUGCUUUCGCUAGCUUUCAAACCGCAGCUAAAUCCGGUUGGCUAACAAGUGCCUGGACCGGUUUCCUUGCUGGUUGCUUACACACGCUCUCAGGACCCGAUCACCUUGCUGCUUUAGCUCCGCUUUCAAUCGGACGCACCAGAAUGGAGAGUGCUGCUGUUGGAGCUCUCUGGGGAUGUGGGCACGACGCUGGUCAAGUCAUCUUUGGUUUACUGUUUCUGCUACUUAAAGACCGGCUCCACAUUGAAGUAUUACAAACUUGGGGUACAAGAAUAGUCGGAUUAACACUUGUCAUCAUCGGGGCUAUGGGAAUCAAAGAAGCUUCAGAAGUCACAGAACCUUGUGUGGCCUUAGAAACCGACAUCAGCAGCGUGAUAUCAGAAGAGAAAGAAGCCUUGACGCUGCCCAAAAAGAAGAAAAUCGGGUUUGCUACAUUUGCAACUGGAGUGGUUCACGGGUUACAACCGGAUGCUCUGAUGAUUGUUUUGCCUGCAUUGGCUCUGCCAUCUCGGUUAGCCGGUUCUGCGUUUCUGAUAAUGUUUCUGGUUGGGACGGUUAUUGCGAUGGGAAGUUACACAGCGUUUAUUGGGUCUUGUAGCGAGGCAUUGAAAGAGAAGGUUCCAAGGAUCACAGAGAAACUAACUUGGGUUUCGUCUCUCGUUGCAAUUGGUCUUGGAUUGGGAAUUGUCAUCAGCCCUUUCUUUGGUUUUAGCCUCUACUGAGAAAGUUAAGCUUUUUCAGGUAAAAUGAGACAAAGUUGAAAUAUUUGUAGCUCUAGAAGAUAAAGGGUUUUUUUUUUUUUUUUGGUUCCAUUCGAUUUACUAGUAGUCUUGCUUCUAAAACUCCAGUCGGAGAAAAACAUUUCGUGAUUCUUUUUUCCCCCCUUUAUUUUAAAGAGAAGUUUGGAUUUGGUUCAAACACGUGGAUGUAACCAUAUUUCUUCUUAAAUGAUGAUGAAUGUAUUCUUUUUUCUUA